AUGGGUGUGAUUCAAGUUUUAUUGUACCAAAAAAGGUUAAACAUUUAUGAGAAUGUGGCUUAUUUACGUGGUAUAGUGAAUUCAACUUUCUCAGGACAAGUAGAAAAGGAACAUAACAGUAAUUUACCUGAGAAUGAAAGAAUUCCUGAAGAUGAUGCAUGUACCAUUAUUAGACCUGGGAUCAAUCGUGAUGGAUAUUGGACAAGUGAUAAUCUUGUUGAUCAA